AAUCUAAAGGAAGCAUACGGUGAAAGAGAACAUAUGUGUGUAGUUUCCAAUCGUAACUCAAGCAUUAUAAAAGCUGUUGCUGGAGUGUACAAUAAUGUACCACAUUACGCUUGUAUGUGGCAUCUAUGGGGUAAUGUGACAAAAAAUUUUAGGAAGUCGUAUGAUGCAUUAUCUGAAAUCUUCUAUACCAUGGCAAAAUCAUACUCAAAGUCUGAAUUUCAUAAUUUAAUGGAGAAAAUGAAGCUAGUUGAUGUUAGGGUGAAGAAUUACUUGGAGUUGGCGAGAUACGAUAAGUGGGCUAGGUCAUAUGCAACAGUUCUUAGGGGAUGGACCUUAACAUCAAAUAUUUUAGAGUCAAUUAAUGCUGCACUGGAGCCAUUGUACACACGCACGGAUCUUAUCGAAAAAUUUCAAGCAAUUCUCCAACAGAAUGAAGCAGAGUGUACACGUAUGAAGGUUAUACCAGCGUCAGAGUACGUCUAUACUGUCCACGAUAAGGAGAAACAUUUAUACAAGAAUCUUGAAAAAGGACCAUAUUACUCUAAUCUAUACAAGCCAAAAACUGUACUGAGAACGUAUGAUCUUCUUGUAUAUCCUCUACCACAUAAAGAUGAUUGGGUGAUACCUCAGGAAAUUUUAGACGAAGUAGUUUUUCCCCAAAAAUACAAGCGGCCUCCUGAAAGACCUGCAAAGAAGGAGCGCGGUAAAUCA